CCUGCUGAAUCAGACUGCCAGGACGAGAUCUCACUCCCUCAGUUUGUCGCUAGCAGGGUAACAUCAAUGAUCCAACAUCCACAAUGUUAGACAACGAAGACUUUGUGUUGGAGACUUCUCCGCGGGAGCUGACCCAGAACCCGCUCAGGAAGAUCUGGAUGCCGUGCAAAAACGGACACAUAGCUCAGAGACGGGUGUGUAUGACAAAUUGCCCGACCCUCAUUGUGACUGUUGGACUUCCAGCCCGAGGGAAGACCUAUAUUUCAAAGAAGCUCACUCGCUACUUAAACUGGAUAGGUGUGCCAACGAAAGAGUUCAAUGUCGGCCAGUAUCGGAGGGAGUGUCUGAAGAUCUACAAGUCCUUUGAGUUUUUCCAUCCAGAUAAUGAAGAAGGCUUAAAAAUCAGACGUCAGUGUGCGAUGGCAGCACUCAAUGAUGUUCGGCAGUACCUGAGUGUUGAAGGAGGACAGGUGGCGGUCUUUGAUGCCACAAAUACAACGAGAGAAAGACGAGGGACCAUCGUCAAGUUCGCUGAGCAGAAUGGGUUCAAGGUGUUUUUUGUGGAAUCUGUGUGUGAGGACCCAGACGUCAUUGCACAAAAUAUAGUGCAAGUGAAGCUGGGCAACCCAGACUACAUUCACUGCAACACAGAUGAGGCCAUUGAGGACUUCAUGAAGAGAAUCGAGUGUUACGAGUCCUCCUACCAGCCUCUGGAUGAGAUUCUGGACAGGGACCUGUCCUACAUAAAGAUCAUGGACGUGGGUCGUCGUUACCUGGUGAACCGUGUACUUGACCACAUCCAAAGCCGAAUCGUCUAUUACCUGAUGAACAUCCACAUUACACCUCGCUCCAUCUACCUGUGUCGCCAUGGUGAGAGCGACCUCAAUGUCAGGGGAUGCAUCGGAGGAGACUCUGGCUUGUCUGCCAGAGGAAAAGAGUUUGCCAGAAGUCUGAGGAAAUUCAUCCAAGAUCAGGAUAUCAAAGAUCUGAAGGUGUGGACCAGCCAGAUGAAGAGAACAAUCCAGACAGCAGAGUGCCUGGGAGUGCCAUACGAACAGUGGAAGUCUCUCAAUGAAAUAGACGCCGGUGUGUGUGAGGAAAUGAUGUAUGAGGAGAUUCAAGAGCAUUACCCCCUGGAGUUUGCACUGAGAGACCAAGACAAAUACCGCUACCGCUAUCCCAAAGGAGAGUCAUAUGAAGACCUGGUUCAGCGACUGGAGCCUGUGAUCAUGGAGCUGGAGAGACAGGAGAACAUCCUAGUCAUUUGUCACCAAGCUGUGAUGCGCUGUCUUCUGGCUUAUUUCCUGGACAAGACUGCAGAUGAGUUGCCUUAUCUUAAGUGCCCUUUGCACACCGUGCUGAAGUUGACCCCUAUGGCAUACGGAUGUAAAGUGGAGUCUGUCUAUUUAGGCGUGGAAGCUGUGAACACCCACAGAGACAGACCAGAGAACGUGAACGUGCAGCGCAGCACAGAAGACGCUCUGCAGACAGUCCCAGCUCACUUCUAAUCUCCUGCACUUCCUGUCCUAACGGUGCUGUUCAACUGCCCGCCCUGGCAGCUUCUUCACUGAUCUGGAGAAAUAAAUAUCUUCCCAGAAUCCAACUAUAAAGCACUUUUACUCAAUAUAAUCCAUUUUUAUACAUUUGUUUGUCGUGAACUGUACUGUUACUGUAGCUUGAAAAUGUCAAUAUUUUUGAUAUGUGGGUCAACUGUUAUCUAAUGUAUUCCCUUAACUUUUGCCCUCUUUUUCCAUGAUUACAUUUAAUAUCUACUCUGUAUUGUGCACUGUGUACAUUGCCAUAUGCUUCCAGUGUUUGUGAAGAUGUUUUUCUUGUAUGAAAAACAUGUAUCGUAACCCAAAAAAGACUAAGGAGACUGCAGCCGCUUCAGUUAAAAUGCUCUUGAUCAAGUUCCUUAUUCUCUGACUACUGUGAAACUUUUCAAAAGACAUAAACAAAUAUUUUAAUUUUGUUAUACAGUGUUUUCACUUCCUGGUUGUUGAUUUAUAUACAGUAUAUAAAAAAAUGAGCCAGACUUUGUGCUCAGUGUAGCCACUGAGUAAAUCUCAAAAACAUUCCAGAGCCCCAUGAAAAUACUGCCAGGGGUAGAAACAACAUUGUAAAUGCAACUAACACGUUUAUCGUCAAAUGUAGCUCAUGUUCUGUGACUCAAAAGUCCAAGCAGAUUUUGGACAUGAACUUUGAUACAGUGAAAUAUGAGAAAUAUUCACUCUUCAGUAUGACACUUAAAAGGGUACUGUAUUACUAACUGAUUAUUUCGUUAUUCAAAUCAAUACCUGGUUUUACCUUGGAGUUUAAAAUAAGGUACUGUGAGAACUGUAUACGCAUGUUUGUUUGGUGAAAGUUUUGUAUGUAUUAUAUGGUAUGUCCAUUUUUUGUUUUGUUUUUUGAGAACUCUGUACAAUUUCUGUAAUAUACAUUUGAUGUUGUAUAUAACUGUUCUGAAAAUAUAAUUCCAAAUGCCUUGUGUGUCUUCAGCUGGCAAAAAUCUCAAUAAACCCUUAAUGUUUGGGGGAAAAACAGAGCUUCUGCUUUUGCAUCAUAACUUCAGAAAAGCACAAAGGAUUUGAAAAAAUAUCACUAAAAUAAAAAGGAUAAUGUUUUUAUUUAUCGUCACUGUCAUCAAGUAUAUUUAUUUUAAUUAUCCAUCUACAAUAGGGUCUACUCUGUGUGCUAAAAUAAUAAACGUUUACUGGUUGAUUGCCUUUGUAUUUUAAAGUCUGUCGUAACAAAACAUAGCAAAAUGAAAUUUAUGUGCAUAUAAUAUAUAUAUUU